UUUCUGUUAUUCUAAUUAUCUACUGGAGCAAGGGGGAUUAAAAUUUAGGAGCAUGCUUUGUUGAGUUGUAUUAGACCUUAUAUGUUGUCAUUAUCAUGGAGGAGGCAUUAACAGAGAAAAGCAUAACAGUAUCUCCAACCUCUGCAAAAUUGGAGCAAGAUGCUGUUGAUGUUCUGAAACAUGAACAUACACCACUUUCAGAGGAGAUGAAAUCUCUGGAUAUCAGCAAGGGUGAUUCAAAAUUAGAAAAAGAUGAUGGGAAGGAUGACACUGGUGAAAAUAUUGACAAUAAUAGUGUAUUGGAAUGCAAAUGUCAAGGAGAUAAGAUAGGGGAUGGUAUUGGACAUGGUGACUUGAGCAAGAUGGAUGAGAGUAGAGAUAUGGAGUCUAAAAAUCAAGGAGGAAAGUUAAAUGAUGAUAUUCAACAGUUUGACUUGGGUCAGGGUAAGAAUUUAGAGUCUAAACCUGAAGAAGGAACAGAGCUAACUAUGGGGGACAAUCUUGCCAAGGAAGAGUCAGAUCCUGUUUUUGAUGGAAUAGAGAUUCCUGGGAUGGAAGCCAACAGGAGCACAUCUUUCCGUUCUUUGGGUGCUGAUUCUGAAUCUGAGGGAUCUGUUUGGCCUGAGAAGGCUAUGGCUCUUCGAAAGUUUGUCAAGGAGAAAGGUGUAGUUGCUGUCACGAGUUUUAUUCGUGCCCUUUCUGGCAAAAGAGAUGAAUUUGGUCCGUUUCCUGCUGAUGAAGACAAGGAGGCUCUAGAUUCAGCUAGAGAUAAAGAAGCCACAGAAACUUCUCAGAAACCAUUAGAUAGAUCUGCAUGGAAUCCUCUAAAAUAUAUCAUGAGUUAUCGAAAUGUUGAUGCAGACAACAAAACUGAGCAGGGGGUGGGAGUCAUUGAAGAACCAUCAGAACCUAUAGUCAUGAAAGGAAGAAUUAUACUUUAUACAAGGUUAGGGUGUCAAAACUGUAAAGAGGUCAGAUUAUUCUUGUAUAAUAAAAGGCUUAGAUAUGUUGAGAUUAACAUUGAUGUAUACCCUAGUAGAAAGUUGGAGCUAGAGAAGUUUACAGGGUCUUGUGCAGUUCCUAAAGUAUUCUUCAAUGAGAUUGUGAUUGGAGGGUUAAGUGAGCUCAAGGGCUUGGAUGAAUCUGGCAAGCUUGAAGAGAAGAUUGAUUAUUUGAUUACUGAAGCACCAGCAUUUGAGGCUCCUCUACCGCCACUUUCUGGUGAAGAUGAUGUUUCCAGUAGUGGGUCCAUUGAUGAAUUAGCUCUUAUUGUUCGGAAAAUGCAAGAAUCUAUAGUUGUUAAAGACCGAUUCUAUAAGAUGCGGAGGUUCUCUAACUGUUUUUUAGGUUCAGAGGCUAUUGAUUUCUUAUCAGAAGAUCAGUACCUGGAGAGGGAAGAGGCUAUUGAAUUUGGGCGAAAGCUUGCAAGCAAGCUUUUUUUUCGACAUGUUCUUGACGAGAAUUUAUUUGAGGAUGGCAACCACUUAUAUUGUUUCUUGGACGACGAUCCUAUUGUGUCAUCGCAAUGUUAUAACAUUCCUAGGGGUAUAAUUGAGGCAAAGCCAAAGCCCAUAAUCGAAAUUGCAUCAAGGUUGAGAUUUUUGUCUUAUGCAAUCUUUGAAGCCUACACAUCAGAGGAUGGAAAGCAUGUUGACUACAGAACUAUUCAUGGGAGCGAGGAAUUUGCAAGGUAUUUAAGGAUAAUUCAAGAGCUCCAGAGGAUAGAAUUUCAAGAUAUAUCAAGGGAAGAGAAGCUUGCAUUCUUUAUAAAUCUAUACAAUAUGAUGGCCAUUCAUGCAAUAUUAAUUUUGGGCCAUCCAGGUGGAGCAUUGGAGCGAAGGAGGUUGUUUGGAGACUUUAAGUAUGUAAUUGGUGGGUGUACAUACUCACUUUCAGCAAUUCAUAAUGGCAUUUUAAGGGCCAACCAGCGCCCGCCAUACAAUCUCAUGAAACCAUUCAGUGCGAAUGAUAAACGUUCCAAGGCAGCUCUUCCCUAUCCAGAACCACUGAUUCACUUUGCACUUGUUUCUGGUACUCGAUCUGGACCUGCGCUUCGAUGCUACUCACCUGCAAACAUUGAUGAGGAAUUGAUGGAUUCAGCCCGUAAUUUCUUGAGAGGUGGAGGAUUUACCAUAGAUUUGGAUGCCAAGGUUGCAUAUGUCAGUGCGAUCCUCAAAUGGUAUAGUGUGGAUUUUGGUAAGAAUGAGGUAGAGGUACUCAAGCAUGCAUCAAAUUACUUGGAGCCUGCCAACUCUGAAGCUUUGCUGGAGUUGCUUGCCAGUGGUCAAUUAAAGGUGAUAUACCAGCCUUACGAUUGGGGAUUGAACUUGUAGCUUAGUUUUGGCUUUCUUAUACUCUAUAUAUAGGUUGUUACAACUUCCCUUGUUUACAGAUAUUUGCAUGAGGGAAGUAUCAACUAUUUUAUGAAAUAAAAAUUUAAUAGAUCCAGCUCAA